AUGUUACUAAGCAUUCGAACACAGGACGACAAUCGUCAAAAAAAGGAAAAUUUUAUAUUAAAAUCGCGUUCUAUCGUUAAGACAUCUAAACUUUCAUCUUCUUUAUUAUCAUCUAUUCCAUUAUCACCAUUACCUAAAAUUGAUAUUAUUUUGCCAGUUCUAGUCUUUGCAUGUAAUCGUCCGCGUGCACUACAACAACAUGUUGAAGCGUUAAUAAGUAUACGAAAAAAUCAAGAAUUAAAUCCAAUUAUAAUAAGUUUAGACUGUGAUGAUCGAGAUACAGUUAGUGUUGCUCAACAAUUUGGUACAAAAAUCAAAAAAAUUAUCAAACAACCCGAUCUCAGUGAAAUAAUUAUAGCAGAAAAAGAUCGACAUAUGCUUGGCUAUUAUAAAAUUGCUCGCCAUUAUUUAUAUACGUUAAAUUAUGUUUUUAAUGAAUUAAAUUAUGAUGGUGUCAUCAUUACAGAAGAUGAUUUAGAAGUAUCACCAGAUUUUUUAGAUUAUUUUAUGGCACUUUAUCCAUUAUUAGUCUAUGAUAAAACACUUUGGUGUGUUUCAGCCUGGAAUGAUAAUGGUUUGGUAAAUAAAAUAAUUCGUGAACCAACUUUAUUACAUCGAACGGAUUUUUUUCCUGGUCUAGGAUGGAUGUUGACAAAAUCCUUAUGGAAUGAAAUUAAAGGAGGCUGGCCAAAAUCUUAUUGGGAUGAUUGGAUGAGAUUACCGGCACAACGAAAAAAUCGUUCAUGUAUUCGACCUGAAAUAUCACGAACGGCAAUUUCAUUUCAUGGUCAGAAGGGAGUGAGUAAUGGUCAACAUUUUGAUCGAUAUUUGAAAAAAAUUGUUAAAAACAUGGAUAUGGUAAAUUGGAAGAAGAUUGAUAUCAGUUAUUUGUUGAAGGAUCGAUAUGAUGUUUCAUUUCGAGAACGUGUCAAUUCUUGUAAAAUUAUAACAGUAUCCGAUCUGAAUCAUUUAUCUACUAUACUAUGUGCACGUCUUAUAUAUAAUUCAAAUCAAGAAUUUGUUGCAAUUGCUAAUACGUUAGAAAUAAUGAAUGAUUUAAAAGUAAGUGAAAAUAUUUGA